UUCGUGACGGCUGGAAGCCAAGAAAAAAAAAAUGCCCAAGCCCUCCCUGGCCCUUCUGACCCUGGCCCUCGGCCUCGGGGCCGCCCUGGAAAAACACUGGCUGGCCGACGUCGAGUGGCAGACCUCCAGUAACUGGCUCAACAACCUACCACCCGGGCCCGACAGCCUCGUGGCUUUCCCCCUGGAAGCAAGGCACGCCGUCGGGAUGCCACGCACCGCCGGGACCAUUGGACUCGCGGGCCUCCGGCUCUCGAGGGACGGCCUACUCGCGCUCCCCGAAAACGGCCGCAUCAUUGUGAGUACGCGAAACUGAUGGAAAAACCUCUCCCACUGGCUCCGCGAGAGCCCCUACUACUGGGCGGACCCCCUCAACUGGAACGCGUCCUCGGAGGCUGUGCCCCACCUCGAGCGCGUGCCCUGCCAAUCUGACGUGGUCGUCCUCCCCGGGAGCUCGAGGACCUUCAGCGCGAAGCUGCCCUACAGUCGUGGCGUCGAGGUGCGGGGUGUCAGACUCGAAGACAGCGACGAGGCGAUGUCCCGUUGGACGUGGAGGGACGCGAAGGACCGGUCCGAGUUUGUUGGUGGCCCCUUCAGCGUCGAGUACAGUCCCGCCGAGUGCAAGGACUGCCCGUGCCAGGAGGGAGACGUGUCGGCUUACUGGGAGGAGGUGUGCAGCGUCCAGCGCCCGAGGUGUGGUCUACUCGCCUGUGAUCGACCGANUCAGGUGGAGGGGCACUGCUGCUUCUACUGCGGCGGUCGAGUGAGGGUUUCGGGGAAAACACUGCCGAGCACGAUGGAGCGGGUGGUCGGCGAUGCUCUGAGGAAGUACGGGGACGGUCUGUUUUGGCACUCGAGGCCGACGUGGGACGGCGAGAGGGAGAUCCUCAUAACGGAGAGGGGCACCUACGAGGGAACCAGCACUGUGAUUGCCGUUGCCGAUCUCGAGGCCGCUCUGAGAGAGGAGCGCGUGGAGGUGCUCUACAGCGAGACCUCGGGCGGAGCUCUCCGGGACAACCGCAUCCUGUCCGCCUUGGGCCCUCUGUUCGGAGGACUCUUUGCUCUACUCCCGCUAACUCUCUUGCUCUGCCUCCUAUCCGGCUACACGAUUUCUCAGGUGUGGGAGGCGUUCCGAGAGACGAUCGGAGCAGUGUCCGGAAGGGACCAAGGAGUCGGGUCGCGGAAAAAAUGGUCCUUCGGCUUCGCCAGGUUCGAAAACGUCUCGGAGGGUGGGAGCGUCCAGUUGGCGGACACUGCCAAGCCAUCGUCGGACUUGGAAGGGACGGAGAACCCCCUGUACGGUGCUGGUGGUCGAGGGCAGCGCAGGGGACUGGUAGCCGAGGAACCGGUAAGCCUCGCGGCGCUCGAGAAGGACAUCGAGCUCGACCGUAUGGAGGACGUCGACAUGGACAUUGAGGAUAUGUAGCGAAUACAAGGAGAAUUCAUAAUAUCGUUUGUUUUAUUUACACCUGUGUAAGUUGAUGCACAUUGGAAAUUCGUGGGUUUUUCUAUACGAGCUGCCCGAUGCAGCGGGUUUUACAGCCGAACGAACAAAACGAUGCUUUUUCCAUUCAAAACUCGUUGACGAUAAUUCACGUUUUUUUUUCUUUGUUUCUUGUCGCGAAAUGUAUAUUUUUAGCACGUUUUUGCGAAGGCUUUCCAAUUUAAGCUAAUGGAGCGUCGAUUGGCGCCCAUGUAUUUUUAUUGCCGCAGUUAUCAAGCGUGUAAGCUCGUGAUGUCUCAUCGGUUCGGGGGGCUCUCGGUUUGUCAACAGGAACAAUGAUUUAUUGAUAGGAAUUUUUUUUCACUCGCGAUCAGUUUGGUAUUUGGGAAUACUUGUAGCUUUUUUUUUCUUAUUUUUCAUAGGAGAACAGGCAAAUGGGAAGAGUAGAUGAAAAUAAAAAUCGAACAACGUUAUAUCAAUGAGCCACACAUUUUUUUUUAUUUUACCUUUCGUCUUAUUAUUGUCAGACAAUACUCAGUCGAUCUAUCCAUCUAGGUAUAUACUAUACGCGAGAAAAAAAAAAUAUAUAGUAGCACACGUUGGUGUGACAAUUCUGGCUGCGAUGCCGUUUUUAUUCUCUCUCAUUCCAUAUUCGCAUUUAUGUACAGCAGAAAAAUAUGUAUUCUCACGGACGAUAGAUUCAAUUAGUUUUUUAUCGGAUAAAUUUGCGCUAAAUUUAUACGAUUUUCCCCAUAUAAAUAUAUAUAUAUAAAUAAAUUUUUUUUUCAUCAUUCAUCAUCGCCCUUAGGCGAUAUGGCUUUUUUCACAUAAAAAUAGUGUUUUUCAGCCAUCGGUGCAAACCUGAGUUAUGACCAGAUGUUUACACGCAUAAACACGUAUAAACACCAGGAAAAACUCAAUCACACCUAUGAUCACCCUAACGAAGCGUAUAAAUGUAUAUAUAUAUAUUAUUAGCAACUCUCGGAGCAGCUCUGUCCGCUCUCUAUAAAAUAUUUGAAAUAUUUGCACUCAUUCGUAUUUAAAUAUAGUAUCUUUUUGGAACACUUCGAUGCAUUUUAAAUUGAAAAUGUACAAUGAAGUAUCUUUCGUCGAUUUACCUGCUGCCUACUCAUUAAUGUUUGAGAUAUUUAAUUUUAAUUAUUUUGUAGAGUUCAACGAAAAAUUUUAGGCAUAAGAAAAAAUCUCGAGCAUUUUUGAGGAAGGGUGUGUUAAUACUAUCCGUCAACGACCGACAUUGCCAAUUUUGCUCACCAUUGGAAUUACAAUAUAAUAGGUCUGAUGCUCCAUGCAUCUAGUAAAUAUAAAGUUUAUUGACAGCACGAAAAUAUUUAGAAAUAAUUAUCAACCUUCUGGCAAUUGGUCUAACACUGUAUUAGUAACUUUUUCAAUUUUUGUGAACAGACAAUCAAAUAAGAUUAGAAAUUUCUUAAUUUAAGUUUUCAUCCCAUCACUCGAGAACAUUAUCAUUAUUUAUUCAGGUCUACCAGAGAUUAAUUAAACUACCAUACGUAUUCAACCUGUAUGCUAAUGAAAAUGUAUUGCAUGUCAUUGAAAAGUAUGAAAACUUUUACUUAUGAACGAGUAACGUCAUCAAAUGAGUGCAGCUCUCUUGACGUUAAAAAUAUAAAAUUAACAUUAAAAAACAUAACCACUCGCCCUAACCAUAAGUUACAGCUUAGUUUAACAGCCUAUGACACAUUAGAACUUGUCAAUAAUCUUCUGUCAAAAUUUUUGAUCGAUUGGUUCAGUGGUUAUUAGAGAUUUUUACGAACUAGCAAACAAACAAACGCUAAGACAC